UAGAUUACCGUGCUAAAGUUGAUCCAUCUCAGCAAUUCUACUUAGACUGAGAGACCGUUUAAAGUUAGUUUAUUAACACAACAAGAGUCGUCUGAGGGCUGUUCUGGUCGGGUCCAUAUUCAGUUCAGUCUGUGAGGAAGAAAGAGAUAAAGGUGUGUUCUGUCAGCGCACAAGGUGAUGGAAAUGACACAAGUGUGUUCAUCAAACCACAUCCUGUUUCCUUAAACACACACACAUGUGCACACGCACACACUUACACACACACGCAUGGGCACACCCAGGGGCAGAUUAAGGACUGAGGAAGAUCCGGGGCUCAACACACACACACGCGCGCGCACACACACACACACACACACACACACACACACACACACACACACGUGCACACACAGGCACAUACACACACUCACACACUUGCACACACACUCACGUGCACACACAGGCACAUACACACACUCACACACUUGCACACACACUCACGUGCACACAUAGGCACAUACACACACUCACACACUUGCACACACACUCACGUGCACACAUAGGCACAUACACACGCUCACACACUUGCACACACACUCACGUGCACACAUAGGCUCAUACACACUCACACACUUGCACACACACUCACAUGCACACAUAGGCACAUACACACGCUCACACACUUGCACACACACUCACGUGCACACAUAGGCACAUACACACACUCACACACUUGCACACACACUCACGUGCACACAUAGGCUGAUACACACACUCACACACUUGCACACACACCCACGUGCACACAUAGGCACAUACACACACUCACACACUUGCACACACUCACGUGCACACAUAGGCACAUACACACACUCACGUGCACACAUAGGCUCAUACACACACUUACACACUUGAACACACACUCACGUGCACACAUAGGCUCAUACACACACUCACACACUUGCACACACUCACAUGCACACAUAGGCACAUACACACGCUCACACACUUGCACACACACUCACGUGCACACAUAGGCUGAUACACACACUCACACACUUGCACACACACUCACGUGCACACACAGGCACAUACACACACUCACACACUUGCACACACACACUCACAUGCACACACAGGCACAUACACACACUCACAUACUUGCACACACACUCACCUGCACACACAGGCACAUACACACACUCACACACUUGCACACACACUCACCUGCACACACAGGCACAUACACACACUCACACACUUGCACACACACUCACGUGCCCACAUAGGCACAUGCACACACUCACAUACUUGCACACACACUCACGUGCACACACAGGCACAUACACACAUGCACUCACACACUUGCACACACACUCACGUGCACACAUAGGCACAUACACACACUCACACACUUGCACACACACUCACGUGCACACAUAGGCUGAUACACACACUCACACACUUGCACACACACUCACGUGCACACACAGGCACAUACACACACUCACACACUUGCACACACACACUCACAUGCACACACAGGCACAUACACACACUCACAUACUUGCACACACACUCACCUGCACACACAGGCACAUACACACACUCACACACUUGCACACACACUCACGUGCCCACAUAGGCACAUGCACACACUCACAUACUUGCACACACACUCACGUGCACACACAGGCACAUACACACACUCACACACUUGCACACACACUCACGUGCCCACAUAGGCACAUGCACACACUCACACACUUGUACACACUCUCACAUGCACACAUAUGCAAAUUCACACACUCACACACUUGCACACACUCACAGGCACAUACACACACUCACACACACAUUUCAGAGCUAACAACAGGAAAUCAACGGUUCUUUUUAUUCUAAGUCUGUGUCUGACGGACUUCAUUGAGUCAUUAACGACAACCAAUGGAUCGAUGCAACAUCUGGACCAACAGACACACACACUCUCACACACUCUGACAACACUGAACGCACCUCCAAGCGUCCCUCAUCGGUCUCAUCCCUGAGCGGGAUUGUGGGUAGGAUGAUGUCGACUGGGGAUCGAGGAGCCUCAUCCUCCUCCUGCACUUCGGUCAACACCAUCUGCUCAGAUGGCGAGCGCCCCGCCUCCUUCACCCUGUCCUCGUCCACCUCCUCCGUCUCCCUGCAGGAUGCCUCCCACUCCUCCUCCUCUUCAUCUUCAUCACUUCCCUAUGGUGCCGUUCCAGCCUACAACACCUCCUCCUCAUCCUCCAUGCCAAAGAGGAAUGACUCUGACAUCAGUCUGGACCUCACCCCCUCAUAACACCACAAGGAGGAGGAGGGGUUGCAAAGGUGAUGGGAGCAGGCCACGCCCCUAAUGGACAUGUGUCCAAUCCGGUGGCAGUGACGGCGGUGGCCAGGCCCAGGCAGCUUUCCGUCUGGACAGAGUGGUUCUGGAGAUUGUAGAGACAGAGCAGGCCUACGUCAGAGACCUGAAGAGCAUCGUGGAGGAUUACUUGGGCUGCAUCAUCGACCGCGGUGCUCUUCCUCUGAAGCCGGAGCAGGUCAGCACGUUGUUCUGUAACAUCGAGGACAUCUACGAGUUCAACAGUGAUCUCCUGGAAGAUUUAGAGAGAAGUCCAGACGCUGCGGCCAUCGCAGACUGCUUCGUGGAGCGGAGUGAAGCCUUUGACAUCUACACACUGUACUGUAUGAACUAUCCAAACUCGGUGGCGGUGCUGAAGGAGUGCAUGAAAAAUCAAAGUCUGGUUCGGUUCUUCCAGGAGAGACGGGCCACCCUCAAUCACUCGUUGCCUCUGGAAACGUACCUGCUGAAACCAGUUCAGAGGAUCCUGAAGUAUCACCUGCUCCUACAGGAACUUUCAAAACACUUUGAUAAGAGCGAAGCAGGAUAUGAAGUGGUGGAGGACGCCAUCAUCACCAUGACAGCAGUGGCCUGGUACAUCAACGACAUGAAGAGGAAACAGGACCACGCCCUGCGGCUGCAGGAAAUCGAGUCCCUGCUGGUGAACUGGAGCGGGCCGGACCUCGGCGGGUUUGGGGAGCUGGUUCUGGAGGGUUCUUUUAAAGUCCACAGGGUGAAGAAGGAGAGAGCGUUCUUCCUGUUUGAUAAGAUGUUGCUGAUCGCCAAGAAGAGGCUGGAGCAGUUCGUCUACAGCACACAUAUAUUUUGCUGCAACCUGCAACUGGUGGAGACCCUGAAGGACCCACUCUGCUUCAGAGUGUCGGACCAGACAAUCCCCAAACAGCAGCACGUGGUCCAGACAAAGAACCAGGAGGAGAAAAGACUCUGGGUCCACUACCUGAAGAGACUGAUCGUAGAGAACCACCCAGCUUCACUCCCUCAGAAGGCGAGACAAGUCCUCGGAGACAACUUCUGUCAGACUCCUCAGUUGAAUCAGGACCACCUGAAUGGGUCGUGCGCUUCUCCACGACUGGACGACAUUCCUGGUUUUCACCGCGGCCGGCGUCAGUCAGAACCUCCAGAGCUGCAGCUUUACAUGCCAGAGAAGUCCAGGAAGAGUCUCCCACUGCUGCUGGAGGGAAAUCUGCCGUACAGACGCACCAGGAGGCAGUCAGCUCCGGCCAAGGACAUCGAGGCAGCGUUUCAGCCCGCUGGUGAGAGAUCCUACUCAUUCCAACAGAAAUUCCAUUCUUUCCACCAACCAGCUGAGUGCAGCUGCUUCUAACUCAUAUAAACUGUUCAUCCGCUUUCACGUGGAAUUCACGCUUGAGCUGCGAUCACUGUUGAUGUU